AUGUUCUAAAAUUUAUUAUAAGAAUUUGUACAAACUCAAUUCACAUUGAAACCAAAAUUGUAUCAAAGAUGUGGUUUUGAAGCAAGAUACUUCUUUAAUUUUGGUGAUCAAUGUGAUCCUCGACAUUAAUUACCAAUCAGUAUAGUAAUAUGGAGAUUACCACCAGCAGAACAAUUAAAAUAAGCAAGUCACCCAUAAAAUGAUAUUAUAACUUAUGUUCUUAAAGGUUAAUAUAGACAAGAUAAGUAAAACUGGAAUUAAUCAAUUUAGCUCUAUUUCUGAAAAUCAAACAAUAAAAGAAGGAGAUGCUAUUCAAUAUAUAUGUGGAAAUGAUAAUUCCUACCAUAGGGAUAGUAAUAACUCGUAAGAUGUUUCAGAAAUCUUAUAAAUAUUCAUUUAAAAUAAUGAUAUUGAAAAAAUAGCUGUCAAUAAAUAUAUAAGCAAAACUAUAUGAUAAGAAAUGAUAAACAUUAUGAGAUGUGCAUAUUAUAAGGUGAUUCAUUAAUUGAUAAUACCAAUUUCACUUUUCUCAUAAUCAUAAAUUUAGAUGAGAC